CACUGUACCUGGACUACCAUGCAUGGCGCAUCUGCAACAGCAGCGGCAGCCUCAAGCACGCCGCCGCCCUCUCCAUCCUCACACUGCCUACGAGCUGUUGCUGAUCACGCCCAUCCUAGUCAACCUUCCACCUCUGCCAAUCCGCCACCUCGCUGCGCCUCCUGUCGCUCUCUCUCGCCCGUCGUUGAGAAAAACGCGCGCACACAUCCCAUCCCAUCUCGUCCCCGUCGUUUCUCCCGAUCGCUCUAGUCGCUCUCGUCGGUCGCAUCUAUGUCCAUCGCAGCGGCGUCGGCAAGACGCCAUGUGCGAUGGCAGGCGAUGCUGCAGCAGUCGCAGCUGAUCGCCCAAGGAUCGUUCUUUCGCAGACCUGUAUUGGACCGGUCGUUCCUGACGUCGCUCGACCGCUUGCACGACCAUGCCGUGCACACCGCCCCCUCUCCCUCGCCCCACUCCCCCAUUUCCCCGCCAUUCUCCCCGCCCCACACACCUCUAGCAUCCGCCACUGCUACCGGCGCCACGCUCCUCCCCUGCGCCUUAGCGCCGUCGGCACUCACGCUAUUGCCGUUACAAGGUCGAUUGGCGCCAGCUUACGAUGCCGCCCGGCUGAAGGAUCGCAGAUCAAGGGACUCGGCUGCUCAUGUCAUUUCGACGGUAGCGGCCGGCCGAAUGAUGCCUGGCCGUCAGCCGUCACCAGCAAGCUGGCAGGUUUUCCCCCAACUUGCGCGCGCUCUGCAAGGCGUCAGCCUGCGCGUUGGUGCUGCGCGGCUAGCCUCUGGGCGCUCCGAGGGGGAAGCGGCUAGAAGCAGCGCGGAAGGGGCGAGAGAAGUGGAGGGGGAGGGGAAGGCGAGGGAAGGCGGGGAAGACGCUGGCAAGGGGGACGCAGGGGGCAGCGAGGAGAGCGAGCACGGUGGGCGCAGCAGCAGUGGCGGCAGCAGUGGUGGGCGAGGGUUGAGAUCAGGGCCGGUGACGUGGGCGAGUCUGGCGCUGCUGCUGCUGACUGGGGGCGCGCUGCUGACGUACUUCGAGAGCGAGAAGCGCAAGAGGCUGGAAGCGGUGCAUGAGCUGAAACCAGUGGGCAAGGCGGCCAUAGGGGGGCCCUUCGCUCUGGUGGACGACAAGGGCCGGCCGUUCACGGAGGCGGCGCUCAAGGGGAAGUGGAGCCUGCUGUACUUCGGGUUCACCUUCUGCCCGGACAUCUGCCCUAGCGAGCUCAUCAAGAUCGCCGAGGCCGUCAACCUCGUGGAGAAGCAGGUGGGCGUGGCGGUGGUGCCGGUGUUCAUCUCGGUGGACCCCGAGCGGGACACGGUGGAGCAGGUCCGCGAGUAUGUCAAAGAGUUCCACCCGAGAAUGGUUGGCCUCACAGGCACGCCGGAACAGGUGAAGGCGGCGGCGCGUGCCUUUAGGGUGUACUACAUGAAGACGGAGGAGGAGGGCUACGACUACCUCGUGGACCACUCCAUCAUCUCCUACCUGAUGAGUCCCGAGUUUGAGUUUGUGAAGUUCUUUGGGCGCAACCACACGGCGGAGGGGCUGGCAGAUGGCAUCGCGGGGGAGAUCAAGAGCCACGGCAAGUAGGCUGUGCCAAACAGUGCAGGGCGGAGGGCAGGACUGAGGCGCAGGUUCACGUCAAGUAGACUGUAGCCACCAGAGAAACUCCUCCAUCUGGUUGAUUGCAGCGCACGGCCACACACUUUCCUGGGCAGAGCAGUGCCCUAUAUGUCGGCACAUGCUUCAUAACAAUGCCAGCUGGAAUAUCUGCAAUGGCUUUUGAAUUAGU